GCUCCAAGACUGGAUGCUGCCGUCGCGAGAAAAUAAAUCGUGAAAAGUGCUUUACUUUUGGACUAGACGUGAUUUUCUGGUGCGCGUUUGUGUGCUUGUGCGCCGGCGGAUAUAUAGAUUUGUACAUAUGUAGAUGGGAAGUGAAAACGAAAUGGCCGCUGCAUUUAGAAAAUUCAAUUAGUUUUCGAGUGUCUUGAGGUAAACAGGAGAAUUUGGAGGCUAGAAAAAUGCAUUUGUGUCCAGCUCACAUUUAUGCAUUCACAAUUGUAUUUCUGAAAACGAUUCUCGCCCUUGGCGGCGAUGGUCGCAAUGAAAUCACCGUGGGUGCCAUUUUCUAUGAAAAUGAAAAGGAAAUCGAACUCAGCUUCGAUCAGGCAUUUCGUGAGGUCAACAACCUGAAGUUUGCCGAACUGCGAUUCGUCACCAUCAAGCGGUAUAUGCCCACCAACGACAGUUUUCUACUGCAGCAGAUUACUUGUGAACUGAUUUCCAAUGGCGUUGCGGCUAUUUUCGGACCAAGUUCAAAGGCGGCUAGUGAUAUUGUUGCGCAAAUCGCCAACACGACCGGCAUUCCACACAUAGAGUACGAUUUGAAGCUGGAGGCCACGCGGCAGGAGCAGCUCAACCACCAGAUGUCCGUCAGCGUGGCACCCUCCCUGUCCGUCCUGUCGCGAGCUUACUUCGAGAUCAUCAAGACCAACUACGAGUGGCGCACCUUCACCCUGAUCUAUGAGACGCCAGAGGGUCUGGCUCGUCUUCAAGAUCUUAUGAAUAUACAGGCUCUCAAUAGUGACUAUGUAAAGCUAAGAAAUUUGGCUGAUUAUGCAGAGGAUUAUAGAGUUCUUUGGAAAGAAGCCGAUGAGACCUUCCAUGAGCAGCGCAUAAUUUUGGACUGUGAGCCAAAAACCUUAAAGGAGUUACUCAGGAUAUCCAUGGACUUUAAGCUGCAGGGACCUUUUAGAAACUGGUUUCUUACGCAUCUGGAUACGCACAGUUCGGGACUGAAGGACAUUUAUAAUUCAGACUUUAAGGCCAAUAUUACCUCAGUGCGAAUGAAAUUAGUGGAUCCGAAUCCCUUUGAGAGAAAGAAGACCCGCAUAAGCAUGGUGGAUCAAAUUCUUAAAAACCAAACCAUGCUGCCCGUUCUCAUCUACGAUGCUGUGGUGCUUUUUGCCAGCUCAGCCAGAAAUGUGAUUGCAGCCAUGCAACCGUAUCAUCCGCCCAAUAGGCAUUGUGGCAGUCCCAGUCCCUGGAUGCUGGGACCCUUUAUUGUCAACGAAAUGAAGACCAUUUCGGAGGAUGAUGUAGAGCCGAAUUUCAAGACGGAGAACAUGAAGAUCAAUGAGAAUGGACAGCGCACUCAUUUCAAUCUGGAGAUCUACAAGCCCACCGUUAAUGAGCCCAUGAUGGUGUGGACCCCAGACAAUGGUAUUAAAACCCGACGCCUCAACCUGGAACUGGAGAGUUCUGGCACAACGCAGGACUUUUCAGAGCAGCGCAAGGUCUACACGGUGGUCACGCACUUUGAAGAGCCCUAUUUUAUGAUGAAAGAGGACCAUGAGAACUUCAGAGGCCGGGAGAAGUAUGAGGGCUAUGCCGUGGAUCUCAUAAGUAAGCUGUCCGAGCUAAUGGAGUUUGACUACGAGUUCAUGAUCGUCAAUGGCAAUGGCAAAUAUAAUCCCGAGACCAAGCAGUGGGACGGCAUUAUUCGCAAACUGAUUGAUCAUCAUGCUCAGAUAGGCGUCUGUGAUUUGACCAUCACUCAAUUGCGAAGAUCUGUCGUGGACUUCACGGUGCCCUUUAUGCAGCUGGGCAUUAGUAUUCUUCACUACAAGAAACCUCCGGAGCCAAAGAAUCAGUUUGCCUUCUUGGAACCCUUUGCCCUGGAGGUCUGGAUUUACAUGAUCUUUGCCCAGCUUGUGAUGACCCUGGCCUUUGUGUUUAUCGCCAGACUUUCCUAUCGCGAGUGGUUGCCUCCGAAUCCAGCUAUUCAGGACCCUGAUGAGCUGGAGAAUAUCUGGAAUGUGAACAACUCGACUUGGUUGAUGGUGGGCUCCAUUAUGCAACAGGGUUGCGAUAUACUUCCAAGAGGUCCUCAUAUGCGUAUCCUUACCGGAAUGUGGUGGUUCUUCGCUUUAAUGAUGCUUAGUACUUACACUGCCAACUUGGCUGCCUUUUUGACCAGCAACAAGUGGCAGAGCAGCAUCAAGAGCCUCCAGGACCUCAUCGAACAGGACGAGGUGAGCUUUGGCAGUAUGCGCGGCGGCAGCACUUCGCUCUUCUUCUCCGAGUCCAAUGACACCGACUACCAGCGUGCUUGGAACCAAAUGAAGGACUUUAAUCCCUCCGCCUUCACCAGCACCAACAAGGAGGGCGUGGCCCGAGUGCGCAAGGAGAAGGGCGACUAUGCCUUCCUUAUGGAGACCACCAGUCUGACGUAUAAUAUUGAAAGAAACUGUGACCUAACCCAGAUUGGUGAGCAGAUCGGUGAGAAGCAUUACGGCCUGGCAGUGCCAUUGGGGGCCGACUAUCGGACCAAUCUCAGUGUAUCCAUUCUCCAGCUGAGCGAGAAGGGAGAGCUGUACAAGAUGAAGAACAAGUGGUGGAAAAAGCACAAUGUUACCUGCGACUCCUUCCAUGAGGUGGAUGGCGAUGAGCUGUCCAUCAUUGAGCUGGGCGGUGUCUUUCUUGUCCUGGCUGGCGGAGUCCUCACUGGCGUUGUCCUGGGCAUCUUUGAGUUCCUCUGGAACGUGCAGCACGUGGCGGUGGAGGAGCGUGUGACCCCUUGGCAGGCUUUGAAAGCGGAACUCGCUUUUGCUUUAAAGUUUUGGGUGCGCAAAAAACCGAUGAGGAUCUCCAGCAGCAGUGACAAAUCCUCGUCAAGACGGUCCUCGGGUUCUAGGCGUAGCUCCAAGGAGAAGACCCGCAGCAAAACGGCCAGUUAGGAGCUCUGGAAAUAUUGUUGUUUUGAGAUUUUUGGAGCUAAUUUAAAGCAUUUGUGCAGCUAGUUAAAUAAUGUGUCUUCUGAAACAACUUGGGCAAUCCAUGUUGCGUUUGAUAUUUUUCAUAAAUAUAUACAGAUGUAUAUAUAUAUAGUUUGGGCUAUAUUUAUAGAGUUUUUAGACCACUUACUUAGAGGGUGCAAGGUGGUAGAUUGGACUACU